AUGCUGAUUAUGCAAGUAACGAUAUUUCUUGCUCUGCACCAUGCAGUGCAUACUCAAUAUUCACUAUAUUAUUCCGAUAUUCGUCCGAGUUCAUAUCUGACAUUUGAUUGUCUAUACACUCAACUCACCGAAAGUCAAUUAAAUGAAUAUUCAACUUACAUUAGGAUCAAUCAGUUGACUCCCUAUUGUCGACGACCUGAUAAUAAUGAAAAGGAAGAAGAAAUAUCUGAUACAUUGAAUGAAAAUGUAGCAAACAAGAUUACUUUUAAAGAAUUGAGUGAACAAGGCGUAACAAGUGAACAACUUCUUAAAUGGUCAGCACCUAUCGAUCUUGCUGAACGGUAUGAAAUGAAUAAUCAAAGUUCAGAUUGGUUCUAUAACUGUUCAUCGCCAUGGUUUGGCUUGAAAUGUCAAUAUCGAUUUGUCUAUAAUUCAUCUUUGUCAUUUAAUGAAAUUCUUGAUUCUUUCGUGGAAAGUCGUUUCAACACGAUGCUCAGCGUAAGUGUUACCACAUGUUAUCGCUUUUUAGCUGACUGUAAUCUUGCACCAUGGUCUUUAUGUCUCGAUUGGCGGCAAGUAUGUAAUGGCAAAGUCGAUUGUAUGAAUGCCGAAGACGAACAAUGGUGUGAAACAUUAGAGAUGACAAAAUGUGCUGAUGAUGAAUAUCGAUGUCAUUAUGGUGGCCAAUGUAUUCCAAUGAUAUAUGUACGCGACGGCACUUUUAGUAUUGACUGUCUCGAUGGUAGCGAAGAGGUAGGAGGCUUCGACAUAUAUAUAUCUGUGAAAAAUUCUUUUUGUGGUUCACAUUUCGCAUUUCGAUGUGACGAGCGUAUUGAUCGAUAUCCUCUUUCUUUUCCAUGUGGUAAUGGUGAAUUUUUGCCAACGGCUAUUAUUCCAGUUAAUAUAAAUGGAUGUUCGAACAAACGAAAUAAAGAAGUGGCUUUAACCAUGUUUACUUCGUUCGAUCACAUUAAAGAUAGUAAAUGCCAACAAGCAUUUCGUUGUUCCCUACUGUCCAAUCGAAGUUAUAAUUACAAUCCUCAGUCUCAUUGGGAUCCAUCAUUUGAAUAUUUUGAAGUUACUUGGGAUACAAACUGUGAACUUCUAGCCAAUUCGUGUUUGGACAAAUGGCUAACUUUACCUGAAUAUCCUGUUAUGUAUGGAUAUUUUCAAUUUGUCUAUUUGACUAAUCGAUCCAUUAAUCAAUUUAAGACCAGUAUCGUACCUGACUUCGUAUGUUUUGAUGCAGAGAAAUGUCCUGCAUUAUUAUCUAGAAUAGUUCCAAUUAAAAUAAUCGAUGGUCUUACAUGUUGCCGCACUUUUGACUUGAUUUUUGAAUAUCCAAUAGAUCAAUUUCAUAUGUUGAAUACGAUGUUCUUUGACCUCUAUCAUGCAUGUUCAACUACCGGUAAUGAAAUGUCAUGUGCAAAUUCAUCUUAUUUUCAUUGUAAUCAAUCCUUAAAAUGCAUUUCAUAUCAUCGUGUUGGUGAUGGAUUCAUAGAUUGUUAUUAUAAUGAAGAUGAAUCAUUUUCUACAUGCCAUUUGAAUGACUCAAAUCGAUUAAUGUGUACGUCAGAUCCAACCAAGUGCUUAUUACCUGUAGCGAUUGGAGAUGGACUUCGUAAUUGCCCAAACGGAGAAGAUGAAUCAGAUAAGUAUAUAUAUGACAUUCAACGACCGAUACCAUUUUCAUCUAUAUGUGAUACAAGUUUGGGCAUUAAAGAAGCAGACGGGAAUGAAACUGAUGAAACAAACUGUGAAUGGUGGCCAUGUGAUACUGCAUACUCACAUUGUAAUGUAGUAUGGGAUUGUUAUAAUGGCAUCGAUGAACUUAAUUGUUCUGAUACGGAUUGCUCAUUGAACGAAUUUCAAUGUAAAAACGAUAAUUUGAAUUUAACUUAUUGCUUACCAUUAAUUCACAUGUUUCAUAAGCUGAGAAAUGAUUGUACGAAUUAUAAUGCAUUGAUUCGAGAACUCUAUUUCUACAAUGGAACAAGUGACAUUAGCAAAUCUUUUUACUCAUUUAACAAAUCCAAAUGUAUCACUAAAGACAACAUUUGUAAUCGUCAUUCAGAAACACCAAAUGUACAAGAAGACGUAUGCCUUAAAAAUCGAAUACUUCCCAUAAAUGUCGAAUUUUCUAGUAAAAUCUACAAAAUUGAUAAUGAUAAUACAUACUUAUGUAGUCUUCAACCUGACACUGACAUGUUCUUCCCUUUGAACGAUCGCUUCUUGACUCCUUUACGACUUGGCUAUUAUCCAUCAAUAACAUCUACAAUUUCUGAUCAAAGCUCUUUCGAAAAAUCUAAACGCAAAAAAGAUAUUCAUCAGAUGGAUGCUGCCCUUGCUUGGUAUUGUCAUUAUGGUGUUCUCAUUCUAUUCAAGGGUGUUAAUCAAACAAAAACAUGUCUUUGUCCACCAAAUUAUUUUGGUUCUCAAUGUCAAUGGCAAAGUCAACGUGUUAGUUUGACUCUACAGUUUAGAACACAAACUAUUAUUGCUCCUCCAGUUAUUUUUCAAUUAAUCAUCAUGCUCAUUGAUGAACAAGGAAAUAUAGCACCAAAUCAUGAACAAAUCACAUAUAUGCCUGCCUAUGAUUGUAAUACAAAAUUUAAUAUCUAUCUACUUUAUCCAUAUCGGCCAAAAUAUUCAUCAACAGAUUAUUCGAUUCGUAUUGAUCUUUUCGAUAAAUCAACAUUAGACUAUUGGGCAAGUUGGUAUUUACCAAUUCCAUUUCAGUUUCUUCCUGUUAAUCGAAUCUCGAACCAGUUAGUCAUUCCUGAAGUACGAGAAAAUGAACAAUGUACUUUGUCAUGUGGACAACAUGGUCGAUGUAUGAAAUAUACAAAUAUGAACAACUCAGUUUAUUGUCGAUGUGAUCAAGGAUAUUUUGGUACUUUUUGCAAUAUAACACAUCAAUGUCAAUGUUCAAAAGACUCAUUCUGUCUAGCUCCAUCUAUCUGUGUAUGUCCUUUGAACAAGUUCGGCUCACGUUGUUAUUUGAAAAGAUCGAUAUGUCAAUCAACAAAUAAUCCAUGUCAACACAAUGGAUUUUGUAUAGCAAUUGAUGAUCGUAUUAAUUUAUAUGGAUUUAUCUGUGUCUGUAAAGAAGGUUAUCAAGGUGAACGAUGCCAAUAUAAAAGCAAUCAAAUUGAUAUUCAUAUAGAUGAGACAAUACUAACAAUAAGUUCAUCAUUCAUUCUACAUUAUAUAAUAGCAUAUGAUAGAUUAACAAAACAUGAACAAAUAUAUACACUGAAGAAAAUUGCUUUUGGUCAAAAUACUAUGACCAUUUAUGUACGACAACCAUUUAACAUUCUUUUCAUACAAAUACCCGACGGUAAUUAUUAUCUAACGAUAUUAAGAGAAAGAUUUGUACCAUCAGAAUAUAUUCAUACUACAGUAUCAUUAAAAAAUCGUUGUUAUCCAGUUCUUGAUCUUUUUAAUGAUACUUUUCGUCAGUAUGAAUAUUUACGUCAGGUGAAAUAUUAUCCACUUUUAUGUCGUCAAGAUUCACAGUUGAUGUGCUUUUAUGAUAAAUACUACAUGUGUAUAUGUGAUAGUUAUAGGUUUUCAAAUUGUUUCGACUUUAAUAGUACAAUUAAAUAUGAUUGUAGUGGAAAAAAUGUUUGUUAUAAUGAUGGUCGAUGUUUUCUAAACAAUCCAACCUGUCCAACAACAUAUAUUUGUGCGUGUGAUGAUUGUUACUAUGGAGUACAAUGUCAAUUUUCAACAAAAGAUUUUAUUUUCUCACUUGAUCCAAUUCUUGGAUAUCAUAUUAAACCAAAUAUAUCACUUCAUCAACAACCAUUUAUUGUUAAAUUCAGCAUUAUUAUUACUACAAUUAUGUUGAUUUCAGAAAUGAUCAUGGGUUCAUUAUGUAUAGCAACAUUUCGAUGGAAAAAAUCAAGAGAAGUUGGUUGUGGUUAUUAUCUUCUAGCAUCAUCUAUUAGUUCAAUUUGUAUGAUUAUUGUAUUAACAAUUAAAUUUUGGCAACUUGUUCUUUUACAAAUGUUAUUCGUAACUAAUAGAUCAAUACUCUCUAUUAAUUGUAUUUCAAUUGAAAUAAUUCUUAAAUCUUGUUUAACAUCAUGUGAAUGGCUUAAUGCUUGUGUAGCUAUUGAAAGAAUGUUUAGUAUCAUGAAAGGUAUAACAUUUAACAAACAAAAGAGUAAAGUAAUAGCUAAACGAGUGAUUUUUGUUAUUAUUAUUGUAAUCAUACUUACACAUAUGCAUGAUCCAUUUCAUCGACAAGUAAUUAAUGAUUUAGAUGGAGAUCAACAACGAAUAUGGUGUUUAUCUCAAUAUCCAUCUACAGUAACUCAAUACAACACAUUUAUUACACUUUUUCAUUUUCUUGUUCCUUUUUCAAUCAAUUUAAUAUCUGCUUUAAUAAUUAUUAUAGUAGCAGCUCGUAGUCGUUUUAAGGUAGAUUCGAAACAACCAUUAUUUCAACACAUUCAAGCGAAACUUAAACAGUAUAAACACAUUAUUAUUGCACCUACUAUUUUGUUCUUAUUAGGCUUACCACGUUUGAUUAUUUCAUUUGCAGUGGGAUGUAUGAGAUCACCACGUCAAUCUUGGCUUUAUCUGAUUGGCUAUUUUGUAUCGUUUAUACCAUCAAUGUUAACAUUAUUUGUGUUUGUUUUACCAUCAAAAACUUAUAGAAAUGAAUUGAAUAAAACAAUACAACAAUGGAUUCGACGAAUACGUCGAAGAUCGUGA